AGAUGGCGGAUGACAAGGAUUCUCUGCCAAAGCUUAAGGACCUGACAUUUCUCAAAAACCAGCUGGAGCGCCUCCAGCAGCGUGUGGAGGAUGAAGUCCACAGUGGCGUGAGCCAGGAUGGCUCGCUCUUGUCCUCCCCGUUCCUCAAGGGAUUCCUGGCAGGCUAUGUGGUAGCCAAACUGAGGGCAUCCGCAGUAUUGGGCUUCGCAGUGGGGACUUGCACUGGCAUCUAUGUAGCUCAGUCAUAUGCUGUACCCAACGUGGAGAAGACCCUGAAGAACUACUUUAGGUCACUACGAAAGGGGCCCGACUAG